CACGCAAGUGGCUCCCUUCCAGUUAUUCUCAGAGAACAGUGCGGCACAGAGGACUUUCUCAGACCCAUGAUCACAAGGAUAUGUUACUUGUGAAAGCUACAGCAAGAAGGAAAGCUUGGUGUUAAGCACUCUGGAGGAUUCAGGAGAACUAGGAGACCAGAUACCUGCUAUCAAGGAGCUGAUGGAAGGAAAACAAAUGGGAAUAAGAAGAGAACAGUCCAGCUCUGAGAGCUGAAUUGGUCAGAAAGGGCUUUCUUGGAGACCUGUACCUCCCGCUGGAUCUUACAGGGAAUUAAAGCAAAGGAUGUAAAGGGACUCUUACCCCUGAUGAUACUAAUGGUGGUAAUUUUCCUGCUGAUUCUAUUCUGGGAAAAUGAGCUGUAUGAGGAAGUAGCGGCAUCGACCAUAGAGCAGUUGCAUGUGGACUACCCUCAGAGCGACAUUCCUGUGAGGUACUGCAACAACAUGAUCUUACAAAGAAUCAUCAAGGAACCCGACAACACCUGCAAAAAGGAGCAUGUCUUCAUCCAUGAGAGGCCUCGAAAGAUCAAUAGUGUUUGUACUUCUCCCAAGAAGAUGGCUUGCCAAAACCACUCCCGCGUUUUAUGCUUCCAGAGUGAGAUAAGGUUCAAAAUGACAGUCUGUAAGCUCAUUGGAGGUACCAAAUACCCUGCCUGCAGGUACCACAUCUCCCACACAGAGGGAUUUAUUAUGGUCACCUGUGAUGAGAUGGGGCCAGUUACUUUCCAGAAAUAUAUUGAAUAACUUGAGACCAGCACCUGGGUCUGAGAUCCUCUCUUCUCCUCUCUCAGGGGCACUGGGCUGGUUCUCCCUGACGCACACUGGAGCUGUGGACGUGGGGUGAAGCCUUGAGGGAAAGGUGUAGCCACCGGUAAUUCGUUUAUCCUUCCAGUAUUGCUGAGCUGGAAUCUUUUCAUUCUGCUUCAAUUAAAAAAAAAAAAAAAUCUACUGAA